GUAUGUUAGUGUAACCUCACUGCAUAUAAUCUAUCGUUUUUUACCGAUAAUAUUUCGAUCUAAAUAAUUGGCGCUCCGGUGACGUUUAAUUAGGGGCGUGUCCUCACGGCGACCGUUGAUUUUGACAGGAGUUGAACAAAGCGAGUGUUUUCAGGCAGCGAUUUUCCACUGAUUUCCAUCUAAACUGCUUAUUUAAGAAGAAAUGAGAAGAAGAAGCAGCAGCAGCGCCAGUCGGAGAAGUUCAACAAACAAAAGGCGCAGCGACAGUUUGGGUUUCGAUGAAUUUGGCUUUGCUUUCACCAGCAAAAAGGAGCAAAAACUUCACCACAGAUGCCAUGAUUACAGCUACCCUCAGCUGAGCUCGGUGAGGGUGAAGGAGCUGUGUGAACUGCUCAGCUACUGGAAUGGAGCCAGCUUCAUCUGCAGGAGUCAGAUUGAACGGUUUAUCAGGAUGGGCAUUCCUCCAAGUCUACGAGGGAGAGUGUGGAAGUGCCUUCUCAACAUCGACAGUCUGAGAGAAUCCAGUGAGUUCAACUAUCAGACGUGUUUGUCUGAAGUUCGCGGGCCGCUUGUGGAUCUGGGCGUCAGUGAAUAUGGCAUUUUGUCUGCCAUCACUACCCUGAGUGAAACCCAGAACGAUCUGCGUUUGAACCAGCAGCAGCCGUCAAGCUCCUCUGACUCUUUCUACUCUAUGGAUGAAAUAACUCUUUUCAGGCAGAUCGCCCUGGACCUACAGCGAUCCUUCCCAACCCAUCGAUCCCUGAUGGGACAGAGUCCAGAGGCCAUCGAGGGCCAGGCCAAACUCUUCAGGGUCCUCAUCGCUUAUGCAAAAUACAACCCACAAGUUGGUUACAGCCAAGGCAUGUCCUACAUAGCUGCUGUGCUGCUGAUGCAGCUGGGAGAGGAGGAGGCUUUCUGGGCUCUGGCAGCCUUGUUGGAUAAACCCAGAUAUCUGGGUGAACUGUUUGACCUCAGUCUCACAAAAGUCCAACAUCAGGUGAAGGUGUUUGAUCAGUUCCUCAAACACAGGAAGGCUCAGCUCUCCAAGCACUUGGACUCGGCUGGAGUCUUAUCAGUUCAUUUCGUGAUGCCAUGGUUUCUCACUCUCUUCACUUCCCUGCCCUGCUGGGACUCUGUUCUGGCUGUCUGGGAUCUCAUCAUAUUGCAAGGUUUACCAGCCGUUUUCCGUACGGCUUUGAGCAUCAUCGAGCUUCUGGAGUCUCGACUAAUGGAGCUGAAGGAUGAAGGAGCAAUAUUACCACUGCUGUUAAGAGUACCUGUAGAUGUAAAAGCUGCAGCAGAUGUCAAGUAAAGCCACAACAGCAAAAGAGACACGACAUAUUUCCACAUCAUCAGAAGGCGAGAGAACCACUGAAAAAGUCCCAGGGAAAAUGAGUUUGUUGGGUCGAGUGAUGCGCGUGGCCCAGCGGUACCUGUUCAGCCCUUCGGGCCACCAGAAGGUUGAGGAGAAGUGUUCACAAACGCAGGCCGGACAAAGACACCGAAGUCCUGGACGUGUUUUCCAUCGUCGGACUUCAGGUUCAUUAACACAAGCUCAGGCAAGAAUGAAAAGGCAAAGCAAGCAGAGAGGUAGUGGCCACCAAGCUGAAGGACAAGGGGGCAGCGGUGGCAUGUCUUCACCUCCUGCUACUGG